CUAUUAUCUCUUGCUGUCGCUUUGCCACGCGAGGCCGCGUUCGCUCUUUUUUUCCCACCGGAGGAGCCACGUGGGCAGGAGCAGGAAUCCCCUAGGUCACUUCUUAACAACUGUUGAAACCAUGAGUGUGGGAUUCAUUGGUGCUGGCCAGCUGGCCUUCUCUCUGGCCAGGGGUUUUACAGCAGCAGGAAUCUUGGCUGCUCACAAAAUAACAGCAAGCUCACCAGACACGGAUCUCCCAACUGUCUCGGGAUUACGGAAAAUGGGUGUGAAUUUCACAAUAAGCAACAAAGAGACAGUUAAAAACAGUGAUGUCCUGUUCCUGGCAGUGAAACCUCCCAUAAUUCCAUUCAUCCUGGACGAGAUUGGUUCAGACAUAGAAGAUCGGCACAUUGUGGUUUCGUGUGCUGCUGGCGUCACUAUCAGCUCUAUUGAGAAGAAACUUUCUGCCUUCUGCCCCACUCCAAAAGUGAUCAGGUGCAUGACCAACACCCCAGUGAUUGUACGGGAAGGGGCCACAGUCUACGCCACAGGGAGCCAUGCUGAAGUGGAAGAUGGAAAGCUCUUAGAGCAAUUGAUGGCUAGUGUGGGCUUCUGCACAGAGGUGGAAGAAGACUUGAUCGAUGCAGUCACUGGGCUCAGUGGCAGUGGACCUGCUUAUGCAUUCACAGCCCUGGAUGCUCUGGCAGAUGGAGGGGUGAAGAUGGGCCUUCCUCGCAGGCUUGCAGUCCGGCUGGGAGCACAGGCCUUGCUGGGAGCUGCCAAGAUGCUGUUGGACUCUGAGCAACACCCUGGACAACUGAAGGACAACGUUUGCUCACCAGGGGGCGCAACCAUUUAUGCCCUGCACUUCUUGGAGAGUGGUGGGUUCCGCUCUCUGCUCAUCAACGCUGUGGAGGCGUCCUGCAUCAGGACAAGGGAGCUGCAGUUCAUAGCUGACCAGGAAAAAGUCUCACCGGCUGCCAUUAAGAAGACUUUAAUGGAUAAAGUGAAGCUUGAGUCUUCCUCUGCCAACAAGGUCAGCCUAUUCAACAAGAAGAAUCCUGGCAACAAGAAGUACUGAGGAGGCCAGGGCCUUCCCUGGUCGUGCUUUUCUUUCUCUUUCAAGGGAAUCUGUAGCUCAAGCUAUUGUGGGGGUGGGGGAGGGAGGCCUACCCUGAACUGGAGGCUGCAGGAGAAAGGAAUAGUAGCAUCCAGAUGUAAUGAUUAAAGAGUAGUAGGGCGGCCAGUAUUUUUUGGAGCUGAUGGGGAGGCAAUGUCACCAGCACUUUCUACAGGGGAGUGUGGAUGUACAUCUUCUGAAUCAGACAGAUUUAUCUCUUUUUUUUUGCUUAUUUAAUUUUUUAUCCCAUGCUUCCUCUGUGGAACUCCUUUUCCAUUUAUUCUCACAACAACCUUGUGGGGUCGGUUUUACCUUAGGGACAGUGGUUGGUCCAGAGAGCUUUAUGACUAAGCUGAGGCUGAGACCCAGGUAUUCUCAGUCUAGCUCUUACAGCUUAUUAAUAGAGCAGAGACUUGAGCCAAACCAGGUCCUUCAAGCCUUGAUAUAGCCCUCAUGUAUCCCAUUCUCAACAAAGAGUGGCUACUGUCCAGUCUGCAGGACAUUCUGGAUUUUGGUUGUGGUUGCCUUGAUGAUUUUUAAUCCUUGUUGCAAAGUUUACUACAGCUGUUUCUGCUUUGCUUGAUCUUCUCAGACUGCAUUAGGGACCGACCACCACUUUCCCUGAGUGUUCCAACUAAACAACUACCAGACUUCCCACAGUAGGAAAAUAAAAUAUAUCACAAUCUUUCUUUCUCUGCCUCCUUCCAUCUUCUCUUACUCAAGUUGGACCUCCAUUUUGGUUGUGUCUACGCUCUUAUCCUAAAAGCCAAUGUGGUGUCGCUUUGGAUUACAAGUCAAGUGUCUGUAGUAGCUUGGUUCUCUAAGGAAGCUGCCUUCUGACAGGUCAAACCAUGAGUCUAUCUAGCUCAGUACUGUCUGUAUGGCUGGCAGCAGCCCUCCAGAGUCCCUGGCAGAGAUCUAUCCCAUCACGGAUGCACCAGGAACUAAAUCUCUUAGUGAUGUGACUAGAAUUUGUUCAGUUCACAUGGUGAGAUGGAAAUUAUUCAUGUUACAGUUCUGACUUCCAUAGUUGGAGCAGAUCAUUUCUGUGGGUCCAUUUUUUGUUACAUUGGCAAUAACCAAUAAGUACUAUGAUUUAUGAUUUAUUUAUUUAUUACAUUUAUAUCCCACCUUUUCCUCUUGCAAGGAACCUAAGGGCAGCUUACAUGGUCCACCUCCUCAUUUUAUCCUCACAACAACCCUGUAAGAUAGGUUAGGCUGAGGCCUGGUUUGACCGUAAUGACAACCCAGAGUAUGGGUUGAGUACAUGUUGUCAUUGAAUUGUUGGUUGCCAUAGCAUGGGUUGUUAUGUGCAACAUGAACAACCAAGAGUUCACAACCCAACAAAAAGUUAUGGGUUUUCUUCCUGUGUUGUUUCAUAAUUAACAAUCAAUAGUUAAGCCACAUGCAGGGUUUGCAUGUAACGACAAUCCACUCAGCCUAUACUCUGGGUUGUUACAUGCAAACCAGGCCGCUGACUGGCCCAAAGUCGCACAGUGAGUUUUGUGGGUGAGUGGGGACUAGAACCCAGAUCUCUCGAGUCCCAGUCAAACACUAAUCACUACACCACACUGGCUCUCAUAGUAUGAUGCAAGCAUGAAAGAACUAUUAACUAGAUGUAGUCACGAUGGAAGUUUCAGCUGCCAAAUUUCACUUGCAACUUCCCUCUAGUACUCAUAGAAUCAUAGAAUAGUAAGAGUUGGAAGGGGCCUACAAGGCCAUCGAGUCCAACCCUCUGCUCAAUGCAGGAAUCCACCCUAAAGCAUACCUGACAGAUGGUUGUCCAGCUGCCUCUUGAAUGCCUCUAGUGUGGGAGAGCCCACAACUUCCCUAGGUAACUGGUUCCAUUGUUGUACUGCUCUAACAGGAAGUUUUUCCUGAUGUCCCCUUUUCUAAAUGAGGAUUGAGGCUUUAUGCUUGCUGAAGGCUGCGCAAUGGAACAAGAAGUCAGAAGCUGUGACUUGCAGAUAGACUUGAAAUCUGAGGUACUUGGUAGAGUGAGGUACAGGAUAGAUUCCUCCCUGCUUCCCCUCAAUAGGUGCUGCCUGCACCUGCCAGGCGCAGUGUUCAAUACUGUUCUUGAGCAGAGCAAAGCACCACCCUUUCCUUGUGCUGAAGAAGGCAGAACUUCUUUUGCCCCUUGGUCUUAGUGAUGCCUCCCCCUACCACUAACAGAACUUACAUCGCUUCAGAGCUUGGAGACAGGCAUCUUGCUCUGGGCCACUCUGUAGGUUUGGCAUUAACGUAUUGCAGAGGAGCUGAAAGAUUGCUGAUGCCCCAUUCCAUCCUGAUCUUUGCCCAUUUCCUGACUGGGCUUUCUGCCUCUCUCCCCUUCUCUUGUGUAAUGUGUCACUUUUUUAAUGCUUACUACUUUCUGGUUCAGGCAUAAGAGGAAAGCGUGGUUUUCCACUAUGCGUGAGCUUGCUCAGGAUCACAAACUGCCCUCUCCCCUCUUUUUUAGCUGCUCUGGGAAGGAGAUCAGAAGCAUCUACUUCUGUUUUUAAACAAAUUGCAGUUUCCUUUACAUUUAAAUUCAGGAAAUUGUUUAAACAGUGCUUUAGUGAGGAUAAGCCAGGAUCAAACUGAUUUUCCGUUAUGUUUGAACCAGGCCACUAUUUCAACUGUACAUUUGUCUUCUUAGCACCUUUGAGGGUGCUGUCCUUGUAUACAGAUCAGGGAAAAAUAGCUUUUUUGCUAUAGACAAUUGCUGCAGCCCAAGUACUGUACCUCUGGGAAGCUUUAAAUGUAAUACCUUGUGAUCACUUUUUAAAAAUAAUGCUUAUUGCUAUCCAUCACUUGUUUACUUCAAGGUGCUAAGCAACUGAAUUUCAAAACAUUUUCUUUCUCCCCUUCCCCCGCCCCAGAAAGAAAUCCUGUCACUCACCUAGGCCCUUGCCCCUCUUACCUUCCUUUAUGGCAAUGAUUGAACAAGGAACCUUGCUACUGGUGGGGAAGAAAUACGGCUGGCCAGUGUCAUAGGUGAAGGAAGAUCAGUUUGCUUUGGCCAGGAUGGUUUUGAAUUUGAUGCAUAGCUGAUGCCAUACGUGUAAGGUAUUCAGUAUAUAGCCCAGGUUAUCUCAGGCUUAUCGGGUUUGAAGCUUGUUGUAUGGUCAUCUGUGUUUGGGUAUGAUUGACAUUUGAGAACACACUUUAAAAUGCUGGGUCAUCAGUCUCUCCUAGAGACUUGUCAGGUUUCCUAGUUCCUACUUGUUGGGAGGUGUGGGGGCAGGUAGCCUAUGUUCAGUCUCUCUAAGACACAUUUUCUUCACAUUCCUCUUUGGAGAAUAAAUUCUGUGCUUUUCAGCCUGA